AUGGCGGAUGAAAGGACUGACAAGGGGUGGCUCGAAAAGGUCAAAGACACACUCAAGCAUUCGUUUGGGCAAGACCCUCAUAACCCCUCGGGGCCGAUGCAAAGCGGGUACGAGACCCACACAGUGAAGACGUCGGCUGGCUUUGGCGGAUCGAAACGCAGUGGGUUGACGGGCCACAGCGACCGAACAUCCCCGUUUGCUGCCAAGUACCAGUUUGAUCACGAAGACACGAUGGACGAGGGGAGGGGAGAGCACCGACGACCUCACUGGCAAGACGACGCGUCGAAAAGCGACUUGGAGCGGCAAGAGGAAAAGAUGCGUGAAAAAGUGGCCGAGCUCUACGACGUUUUGAAAGAUAAAGCAGCGUCGGCCCGCGACGCAGUCAUGGAAACCGCGUCGGACGUGAAAGAUUCGCUGAAGGAACGUGCCAAGGUGGUCAAGGACAAGGUCGACGACGUGGACAAGCGCCACGUCGAGACAGAGUCCGAGAUGUCGGAGGAGCAGGAUGCACGUCAAAAGUACCCCUGCUAAUAGCAUUGCAUUGUGUCGUGA